CAAUUCAAAAACUGAUUUUGACAACAUUUAUCAGAUCGGCAUGUUUGUGUAUUUUGGGCUUCAUUUUGAGGCGCUUCGCUGGAAAUCGUUGACGCUGUUCAUCACAAGGUCCGGCCGUCUGACUCCUCUUCCAUCCCAAGUAAAACUAGAUCUUUCGUCGGUUCGGCAGUACUCUCCACCCACACACACGCAGAGAGAGAGAGAGAGAGAGACAGAGGUCACCGAUGGCAAGUACGGACACCAACUUGCAGGAUGCAGAAAAGAUGAUGGUCAAGGCCGACAAGAUUUAAUUGUUGUAAGCGAAGGAUGUUGCUUUCAUACUCUUUUUCAACUGGGGACAAUGAAUGCUGCAGGACAAGACUCAGCCUUACUAGGUGGAAGGCAGAUUGGAGAAAUGCCACUUCGCUGUAUGAGAAAGCUGCUCUUGCCUUUAGGCAUGCCAGAGCUCCUGAGAAGGCAAAAGAAGCAUUUGAGAAGGCUGCCAGAGGGCAGGAAAUGCUUUCAUCACCUUGGGAUGUUGCUAAGCACAUGGAAGCAGCUGCUGCUUUAGCAAAGGAGGUUGGCAACUGGGGUGAAGUUUCUGACUUUUAUCGGAGGGCAUCUGAGUGUUACACUGAGUGUGGAAGAUCCCAGCCUGCAUCAGAUGCUCUUGCUAAGGGUGCACGUGCUCUGGAGGAAGCUGUACCUCAGGAUGCAAUACAGAUGUAUGCUGAUGCCUGUGCUAUACUUGAAGAUGAUGGGAAACAGCAGAUGGCAUUUGAUUUGUAUCGUUCUGCUAUGUCUUUAUACAUAAAACUUGAGAGGUUUUCUGAUGCUGCAACUUUCUUGCUGAGAUGGGGCUUGGCUGCUGACAAAUGCAAAGCUGUUAACAGUCAGUGUAAGGCAUACUUGAGUGCAAUCGUCGUUUAUCUUUAUGCACAUGACUUCAAGCAGGCUCAGAAUUGCUAUAAUGACUGUGCACAAAUUGAUGCUUUUAUCAGCAGUGACCAAAACCGCUGUGCUGAAAAAUUGCUUUCAGCUUAUGGAGAAGCUGAUCAAGAAGAAAUCAGGCGCAUUGCUCUAUCAAGCACUAUCUCUAAUCUUGAUCAUGUGAUCAUUAGGCUUGCCAGGAAACUGCCAACAGGUGAUUUAAACUCUUUAAACAUGGACUCAAAAGAAGAUGAGACUCUUGACGAGAAUGACCUCACAUAGCUUGUUGCUGUGGUCCGCGCCACCUGUGGGAAGCAUCAUCUUAACUUUUUGGGAAAAAAUGUAAUUUUAAGUUAUUGCAGUUUCUUUAUUGAUACUGUUGGUAAGCAAGAAGAAUCACCUUUUUUAUGGUGAUGUAUCAAGUUCACUGUGGUGUUUAUCACCUCCUUUUUGGAGGAAACAAGUCUGGACAGUAUAUAUGAUUCUAAAUGUAAAUCUUUGGAUAUGAGAUAA